GGAGAAGCCGGCUCGAGAGUCGGCAGCGUUCUACGGUAACUUUCGUUAGUGAGAGCGAUAUUCGUCCGUUCGGAGCUCCGCCAGUUUCCAUUCGUUCGCCACGAUCGCUCCUUCGAAGGAUCCGCACGUUCCGCGGCUCAGCGGUCCAGCGCGAGGGUCGGCUCCUCGUCGUCUUCUUCGGCGCGUCGUUCCUCGGGUCUUCGACUAUGAUCGGCCGCUGAGACGCGCGGAGGAUUCGUCGCCAGUGCCCGCAAAAACAGUGUCGUUCGCGGUCCUUUCGGCUGAGCUGAACUUCGUCCCCGCGGACUUCUCAUUUUCGCGAACAUGAAGUGGUGAGGUGAACGAAGAGACACACGGUGCACUCUGCUCGCCGGAAAUGAAUCUUCGCGGUCGACUGGCUGUACUCCUUUUCGUCCUCGCGGAGAUCGACCGUGCGACGCCGGGGAUCCUCGCGGAUCAUCAUUUCGCGUCACACAGGCAACCCCGAGCGAUCUUCGGUGAGAACGCUGCCCAGAGGAAUUCGACGGCAGUCGGGAGGAAGAUCUCCGCGAGCACCGGCAGGAUCUUCAACGGGAAGCUGAGCAAGCGAGGUUCCUGGCCCUGGCAGGUGUCCCUUCAACUGUUGCACCCUAAAUUGGGAUUCAUCGGACACUGGUGCGGCGGUGUUCUCAUUGACCCCGUCUGGGUGGUCACCGCUGCGCAUUGCAUUCACAACGAUCUCUUCAAUUUACCGAUCGGCGCUUUAUGGACAGCGGUCGUCGGAGAAUGGGAAUUGGAUUCCGGCGGAAGAGGUUCAGCCAGGCUGCCCGUUGAACGAGUGAUCCUUCACGAAAGGUUCAAUAAUUACGUUCACGAUAUUGCUCUGAUGAAGCUCGCUCGACCGGCUCCUCUGUCGAAAGUGGUGAGAACCAUCUGUCUACCGGAACCGGAAGAAAAGCUAGCGAAUGGCCAUUGCAUCGCUUCCGGCUGGGGUCGUUACGGUCCGUCUCAAUCACUCUCCACCUCGUUGCUGGAAGCAUCUGUACCGUUGCUCGAUCUCGAGAAAUGUACCAAGGCGUACGGCAAAUCGGUGCCCAUCCGCAGCGGCCAUCUUUGCGCUGGACACACCGAUGGUUCCUCCGGGAGCUGCGUAGGCGACUCCGGAGGACCUCUACAAUGUCGUCGGCCGGAUGGCGUUUGGCAAUUAGCUGGCGUUACUUCGUUCGGUUCUGGUUGCGCCAGACCUGGAUAUCCAGACGUCUACACCAGGAUACAGCAUUACGUCGAAUGGAUAAGGAACACCAUCAACAACGACGAGGACGCGCAAUAUUUAUAGCAUUGUAGAUACCAUUUCUGUACAUACCGUUUAGAGAGGAAUUAUUGUAAAUACACGAUCAUG